AUGCCUACAAGUGUCAAAUAUAUAACGCGGGAAAUCAGCAAAGAGGUUAUGCUUACAUAUAAACUUUUAAUUAAAUCUUUAAACUGUAAUUAAGAAAAAUAAACCAGUUCUUGAAAUGACAUCAACGCCUACUAGAAGAUCAACUCGAAUUAAAAAACCAAGCCUAAAAGAUUCUUUACAAUCACUGAAAAUUCAAAAUUCUGGCUUACCUCAUCACGUAGUGAUAAGCGAUGAAACAGAUGAAGAAGAAUCGGUUGAAAUUUAUCCCAAAGAUGAUAUCAAAACACCAACAAUGUUACAUGAAAACGAGGUAGUACAUGGAGAAGAUAUAUUUACGUUUCAAAGGAGACCAACUAAAGAUGGACUUGCUCAAAAAGUAGCAGAAGCCCAAAGUCUGAAAACUCCCUAUCAUGUCAGAAAAAAGACAAAAAGUAAAAUAUCUAAAAGGUUAACUGAAGACAGUGAUAGUGAAUUUGAAGUUUCUUCUGAAUCUGAAACCGAUAGUUAUACUGAAAGUGAAGAUAGUACAAGUACAGAUUCUGAUAAUAAACAAUCUAAGGAAACAUCAAAGAAACACUCAAUUAAGGAAUCAAAACUGGAGCCAACUAUAUCAAGAAGUAGAAAUUACAAAAUCAAAGCUGAAGAAUAUUUUGAAAAAACCUCCUCAAAAAAAAUAGAAACAUCAAAUAAUACUCUUGAAAAAUUAGAUACUCCCAGAUUGCCACAAUAUGAACUUCAAAAAUUGUUACAGAACAUCAACCUCACUGAUAAUCAUACAAGGGCAUUACAAAAGUUAUAUAAAAUCAAUGAGAGUUGUUUCAAGAGGUGGUUGUACUUUUUAAAUGAAAAUUUCAACAUACUUUUGUAUGGCUUAGGUUCUAAAAGACAUAUACUUAACAAAUUUCACACAUUCUUCCUAAAAAAUGACCCCGUUAUAGUAAUUAAUGGAUAUUUUCCAAGUCUUACUACAAAAAGUAUAUUAGAUUCCAUAUUAACUCUGUUAGAAGUAGAAGAUAUACCAGGAAAUCCAGUAGAAGCAUGUGAAUUGAUUAUAAAUGAAAUGGAACAAAUACCAGAAACACAUUUAUAUCUAAUAAUACAUAAUAUAGAAGGUGAACCAUUAAGAAAUGGAAAAUCUCAAAAUAUCUUAGCAAGGCUGGCAUCUACAAGAAACAUACAUUUCAUAGCUUCAAUAGACCACAUAAACGCUCCACUAAUAUGGGAUGAUAAUAAACUAAGUAAAUUCAACUUCAUUUGGUGGGAUGCGACAUCAUUUGCACUGUAUUCAGAAGAAACUUCAUUUGAACAAUCUAUGAUGGUACAACAAAGCAGUACAUUAGCUCUAUCAUCUUUGAGGAAUGUAUUUGCUUCAUUAACAUCCAAUUCCAAGAGAAUAUAUAAUAUAAUAGUGAAACAUCAAUUGGAAAAUUCUAAAAAUAAGUAUUACCAGGGCUUGGCAUUCAAGGAUUUGUAUAUGAUGUGUAGGGAGGGAUUUAUUGUUAGCUCUGAUUUAGCACUAAGGGCACAAUUGACUGAAUUUGUAGACCAUAAAAUGUUAAAAAUGAAAAGAUCUGUUGACGGGACUGAAUAUUUAUUAAUACCUAUUACUAAUUCGUUAUUACAAAAAUUUUUAGAUGAUGUACAAUAAAAUUUCAGUUUUA